GACGAAGGGAGAGCACCUUCCUUUAAAAUCACUGCCGAAAACUGCAUGCACAUAUGUUCUCAUUGAAGCGCUAAAACUCUGCACAUUUUUUUUCUUUCUAUACACCGGAGAGGAAACUGGAUGCCUACUGCUGCUCAUAAUCAGUUGCCUGUGGAUUAUGGGUACAACUGCUAGCACAGCUCAGCAGACAGUGGCCACAGCAACGUUUGAGAACAUUCACGGCAACGGAACCAUGGAAGACCGACAUUCCCUCAGCAUUCACUCCUUCCAGACGGUCGGCCUCCACAACAAAGCCAAGUCUAUUAUAACCAAUAAGGUGGCACCCGUAGUCAUCACCUACAAUUGCAAAGAAGAGUUUCAGAUUCAUGAUGACCUAUUGAAGGCUGGCUACACUGUGGGUCGGUUAUCGGAGUCUGCUCCAGAGCAUUAUCUUGUACAGGGGAAAUAUUUUAUGGUCCGUGAUAUAUACAGUAAGUUAGAUGUCCUGAACACCACUGGUAGUUGUGGUGCUCCAAACUUUCGGCAGGCCAAAGGGGGAUAUUCAGUGUUUGGCAUGGGCCAGCCCAGCCUCAGUGGAUUCAGGCAGGUCCUGCAGAAGCUCCAGAAUGAUGGCCAUAAGGAGUGUGUCAUGUUCUGUGUGCGUGAGGAGCCUGUGGUUUUUCUACAUGUGGACAAUGAUUUUUUGCCCUACACCCCUAGAGGAAAGGAGAAUCUGCAUGAAAAUCUGCACAGCCUGCAGAGAGGCAUCAAAGUAGAAAACCUGGAGCUUGCCAUUCGAAAAGAGAUACAUGACUUUGCCCAGCUGAGGGAGAACAGCUAUUAUGUCUACAAUGAUAUCGAGCAUUUCAAAGAUGAGCCUCAUUUGGUGAACAUCCACUGUGAAGAGGAUAUCCAUGUGACUGAGGAAGUCUACAAGAGGCCUGUUUUCCUGCUGCCCUCUUACAGGUAUCAUCGGCUGCCUUUGCCUGUGGAUGGAGCACCUUUAGAAGCACAAUUCGAUUCUUUCAUCAGUUUUCUCAGGGAGAGUCCAAACCUGCUUCUUCUCCAAGACCCCAGCAGGCCGCCACCUGCCCUUCUCUUCAGCUGCCAAACUGGAGUGGGAAGGACCAAUUUUGCCAUGGUCUUAGGCACUCUGGUGCUUUAUCACCGCAAGGGUGGUUUUCAAAAGCAAGACCUUUCACCGCCCACUAAAUGCUUGCCAAGAGAUCAGUUCCGGAUUAUCCAAAGCUUCAUUGACAGGGUAUCAAAAGGCCAGCAAAUAGUGGAGGAGGUGGAUGCUGCCAUUUCCUUGUGCUCCGAAAUGCAUGACAUGAAGGAAGCGAUCUAUGAGAAUAAGAAGAAACUGGAAGGGAUUGGAGAAGAUUACCAGAUUCAGGGAAACAGCACCAAAGAGUAUUUCCUUCAGAGGACAUUGCAGAGCCUGGAGCGCUAUUUCUACUUGAUUGCUUUCAACUAUUACCUUCAUGAACAGUAUCCCCUGGCCUUUGCUCUCGAUUUCAGCAGAUGGAUGUGUCGGCAUCCCGAGCUGUAUAGGCUGCAGGCAAACAUGAACCUGUCAGAGCAUACAGUCACGGGGGAGCACAUAACUAAGGGAGCACGAGUGCUGGUGGUGGAUGAACGGUUUUCUCCAGAUGUGCUCAGCACCGUCAAAGAGAUGAGCGUGGCCAAUUUCCGGAGGGUCCCCAAGAUGCCUGUGUAUGGGAUGGCACAGCCGAAUUCCAAGGCUAUUGGAAGUGUCUUAAACUACCUGACUGAUGCAAAGAGGAAGUAUUCACACAUUUUGUGGGUUAAUCUUCGUGAAGAAGUGGUUCUGGAAGGAAACGAGCAAACUUAUACUCUUCGGGAGGUUGGCAACUUGGAACAACAGGUAACAGUGCCCGUAACAUCACCUGAACAGCUAGAGAAACUGGAAUCCAUUUUCAAGAAUGAGAUUCUCAAGUCCCAGAAUUGGCUUGAGGUUUAUCUGGAACAGGAGAAGCAGAUGAAGAAGUUUAAGACGUGCCUGACUAUGCAAGAGAUAUUUAACCAGCACAAGAGUACCCGUCAAGGACUAGUGUACAAACGGAUCCCCAUUCCAGACUUCUGUGGCCCCAAAGAACAGGAUUUUGAUCAGCUUCUGAAUGUAAUGAAAGGCGCUCUGGCCGAGGACUCCUGUACAGCUUUUGUUUUCAAUUGUCAUAGCGGGCGUGGAAGAACCACAGCUGCCAUGGUUAUUGCAGUCCUUGUGCUCUGGCAUGUCAAUGGAAUUCCUCAGAUAAUUGAGGACGAAAUUGUGAGUGUGCCCGAUGCCAAGUACACGAAAGGGGAGUUUGAGGUGGUGAUGAAAGUAGUUCAGAUAUUGCCAGAAGGACACCGGAUGAAGAAGGAGGUGGACAUGGCAUUGGAUAUGGUGAGCGAGACAAUGACACCCAUGCAUUAUCACCUGCGGGAAAUCAUCAUCUGCACCUACAGACAGGGCAAAACUGCCAAGGAAGAGAAGGAGAUGCGGGCGUUGCAGCUGAAGAGCCUGCAGUACUUGGAACGUUAUAUCUAUCUCAUCCUAUUCAAUGCGUACCUCCAUUUGGGGAAGAAGGACUCCUGGCAGAGGCCGUUCAGCAUCUGGAUGAGUGAGGUAGCAGCCAAAGCUGGAGUCUAUGAGAUCCUAAACCACCUGGGUUUUGCCGAAUUUGAGAACCUAGAGGACAAACCGCUCUCACAGCUUCGCUACCGCUGGCAGGAGCAGAACCAGAGUUCGCUGCCAUUUCGUGGGGAGUUCCUUUAGGACCCAGCAUUAUGAAGAGCCAUGAGAAUUGCAGCGUUUCUCCAGAUGUGGCUGAGUCUCUUUCUCUGUUUGUUUUUGUGGGUGGUUUUUUUUUUUUAAUAUAUAUAAAACAGAGAAAUGUGCCUUAAAGACAAGGACUGCGAUUCCAAGAAGACAUUAUACUGCCUUGAAAAAGACAUUUUAUGGUGUUCUUUCAGACACAAUAGAAACACUGUAAAUUCAAUUGAUUUUUGAUAGGUGUCAUCACAAAUGCUGUGUCCACUUCCCACAUCCUGGAACAUUUUAUAGUGCAUCUGCAACUGGGAAGCAUGUGAGCUUUUUCAAGUGACUUUCUCACCAAACCAUUGCACUGCUCUCUGAAUAAUUUGUAUAUAUUACGUACUUACGGAUGCAGGAAAUACAUGCAUAGUAUUGGUGUGCUUGGAAGUACUCAGUGGGUAAUUCAAGAUUCUUUUAUUAUAACUUUAGACUUGAAUUGCUUCAUAUCGAUGGCACACUCUUUAAAUAGAACUGGGAGCUGCUAUUGGCAGAUAAUCACCCUGAGUUCACAAGUCGUCUAUGGAAAGAGAUUUCCUGGUGUGGAUUUCUCCCACUGUGCAUGCAUGCAAGGGGAUAUUGUAAGGGGAAAAUCCUCUGCACCCACUGCCUAGAUUGUGUGCUUUUUGCUUGUCUCAGCCAGGUUGUAUACCUGCUGCUGCAGUCACAGGUUCCCCUUCCUUACUAGUGUGGCUGGAAUUUAGGCAACUGGGAAUUGUUUUAUAAUAUGUUGUAUUCUAAAGCUGCCUUAGUUCCCAAAAGCAAUGGGUCCACCAGACUCCCAAGUGAUUUUCACAGCUUCAGGGGGCCAAAUAUAGGAAAGUACAAAGCUGAUGCACAUGGAUCAUUGGUCCAUCUAGUCACGUUCUUGGUGGACUUAUUUGUCCUAAGUCCUCAAGCAACUGCCCAUUAAUUGACAUGAUCAGAUUGCCCUUGGUGACACUGCAGGUACCCUGGGGUUAAACUAGCUAGCUUUGCUUUGGUGAUGGUCUCUUCUAGGCUCUCUCCCUUCCCUCUGCUCUCCCCAGCUGUUAUCCCAGAUGCAAAUGAGUACUGCAAAGGGAUAGCCUGUCCUGGCACCUCAAAGACUGGCAAAAUUUAUUUUGGUAUGAGCUUUCCUGGGUCAGAUGAUGAAGUGGGCUGUGACCUGUGAAAACUCAAACUGAAAUAAAUGUGGUUAGCCUUUUAGGCAAAUGAAUAGUGCCAAGAAACAUUGGUUGUGACUGAGGAGGGGGGUGAAGCUGCCUUAUAGUGCAUCAGACCAUCAGUCUGUUUAGUACAGUAGGCAGCAACUCUCCCAAGGUUAACAGCAGAGGUCUUUCCCAACCCAAUCAGAGAUCUUCUGCAGUCAAGGAAUGUGCUCUGUACUGUACUGUAAUUCAGAGUCUC